GAGUUUUCCCGCUCGCCAGAGAGAGAUAUCUGCCUCCCUCUCUCCUUCGCUCUCAUUACUUUCGAUCAAAGAGUGAGGUGCACACCCCAACCUUCCAAGAGUCGACUCAUCGCCGGCGCGUCUCCAAGCUUUGUCGUCGCCUCCGGCACACCUCCGAGCUCAAUUGUCGGCUGUCAUCGAGGCUAUCCUCCUUAUUCAGAAGGUAGGAGAAGCGGCGGAUCUGAGAAAUGGACGCUAACGGUGGCAGCGGUUACUGCGUGGAUGAGAAAGCGGUGCGGGUGGAGAACAUAUUCUUGGAGUUCCUGAAAACGUUUAGAGUGGCGGAAGAGGGCCGUGGAAGCUACGAGUCCUACUACGAGGCCGAGGUGGAUUCAAUGAGGCCCAACGAGUCCAACACUAUGUUCAUCGACUUCUCACAUGUCAUGCGCUUUAAUGAUGUUCUCCAGAAGGCCAUCUCUGAUGAGUUUCUUCGUUUUGAGCCGUACUUGAGGAAUGCUUGCAAGAGAUUUAUCAUGGAGCUCAAGCCCACUUUCAUAGCCGAUGACAAUCCAAACAAGGACAUUAACGUCGCCUUCUACAACCUUCCCUUGAUUAAGAGAUUGAGGGAAUUAACCACGACAGAGAUUGGAAAGCUGGUGUCAGUGAGUGGCGUGGUUACUCGCACCAGCGAAGUUCGACCUGAGCUUCUUCAGGGCACAUUCAAGUGUUUGGAUUGUGGAAACGUCAUUAAGAACGUUGAACAGCAAUUCAAGUACACUGAGCCCAUUAUCUGCAUGAAUGCAACAUGCCAAAACAGGACAAAGUGGGCAUUGCUGAGGCAAGAGAGCAAAUUUUCUGACUGGCAGAGGGUCAGAAUGCAGGAGACCGCCAGGGAAAUACCUGCGGGUUCACUUCCCAGAUCACUUGAUGUCAUCCUACGCCAUGAUAUUGUCGAACAAGCCAGGGCCGGUGACACGGUUGUAUUUACUGGCACGGUAGUUGCUUUACCUGAUAUUCUAUCAUUGGCUUCUCCGGGGGAGAGAGCUGAGUGUCGGAGAGAUUCUUCUCGCAAGAAUGGCACAACUGGUCAAGAAGGUGUGAAAGGCCUUCGAGCAUUAGGUGUUAGAGACCUAUCCUAUCGUCUUGCCUUCAUAGCCAACUCAGUAAAGAUUUGUGAUGGCAGAAGGGAUGCUGACAUCAGAAAUAGGAGAGAUGCUGAUGAUGAUGAUAGCCAGCAGUUCACAGCAGAAGAGUUGGAUGAAAUCCAACGAAUGAGGAAUACCCCUGACUUCUUCAAUAAGCUCGUCGAUAGCAUAGCACCAACAGUUUUUGGUCAUCAAGAUAUCAAAAGGGCAAUUCUUCUCAUGCUUAUGGGUGGUGUCCAUAAAUUUACACAUGAAGGCAUCAACUUAAGGGGGGACAUCAACGUUUGUGUUGUUGGUGAUCCCAGCUGUGCAAAGUCUCAGUUCCUCAAGUACACAUCAGGACUGGUUCCAAGAUCUGUCUAUACAUCAGGGAAAUCCUCAUCAGCUGCGGGGCUUACUGCAACCGUUGCCAAAGAACCAGAGACUGGUGAAUUCUGCAUUGAGGCUGGGGCGCUGAUGCUUGCUGACAAUGGCAUCUGCUGUAUCGAUGAGUUUGACAAGAUGGAUACAAGAGAUCAGGUUGCCAUUCAUGAAGCUAUGGAACAGCAAACAAUAAGCAUAACCAAAGCUGGAAUACAAGCAACUCUGAAUGCUCGAACAUCAAUCUUAGCUGCUGCCAAUCCCACUGGAGGACGCUAUGACAAGACUAAACCCUUGAAGUAUAACGUGGCCCUUCCUCCAGCCAUUCUUUCAAGGUUUGACCUUGUAUAUGUGAUGAUUGAUGACCCAGACGAUCAAGUUGAUUACCAUAUUGCUCACCAUAUCGUGAGAGUCCAUCAAAAGCGAGAAGAUGCACUGUCUCCUGCAUUUACUACUGCAGAAUUGAAACGAUACAUCUCAUAUGCAAAGACUCUGAAACCAAAGCUGAGUCCUGAAGCUAGACAAUUGUUGGUGGAAUCUUAUGUUUCCCUUCGCAGAGGAGACACAGCUCCUGGUAGUAGAGUUGCUUAUCGCAUGACAGUGAGGCAACUGGAGGCGCUGAUCAGGCUCUCAGAAGCACUUGCACGGUGUCAUCUAGAUACACAGGUGCAAGCUCAUUAUGUACGUGUUGCUGUGAGAUUGCUAAAAACGUCGAUAAUCAAUGUCGAAUCGAGUGACAUUGAUCUAUCAGAGUUUCAGGAGGAGAAUAAUGAAAUUAAUGAUGGUAAUGGUUCCAAUGGAGAUAAUGUUUCUGGUCAAGAUGAAACUCACCCGAAGGUUGCAACACCUCAGCCAGCUUCCGAGAAUAAAGAAAGUGCAGCAGGGCCUGAAAGCAGGCAAGGAAAGAAGCUAGUGUUAACUGACGAAUACUUUCAGAGGGUUACUCGUGCACUUGUCAUGCGACUCAGACAACAUGAGGAGACUCUAAUGCAAGAAGGAGCAGGGUUGGCUGGUUUGAGACAGAGGGAUUUGAUACAAUGGUACAUCGGUCAGCAGAAUGAGAAAAACAAUUAUAGCUCCAUGGAAGAGGCAGCAGCAGAAGUCACAAAAGUGAAGGCCAUUAUCGAGAGCUUGAUACGAAGGGAAGGCUAUCUGAUAGUUGUGGAUGACGGUAGACAAGAAUCAGAAGAGGGCGAAAAUGCUAGACCUUCAUCAAGAAACGACAGGAUUUUAGCUGUUGCCCCAAAUUAUGUCCUAGAUUGAUCCAGUUAUUUGCCUGAAUUAGUGAAAGUAGUUUGUCCAAGCUCAAGUCCAUAUGCAGUCCAAUCUAUACCAUAAAUGCCAAUUUCUUGAGUUUGCAAUAUGUGAGGAACGUGGACCAUCUUUGGAGGUGAAAGAUUUCGUCGGCGGACUAGUAUGGUUUAAACUACUUGGAGUUUCAAAUUCUUUGUACAGAUCCAGAAUACUAAAGUAUCCACGGACACGGAGUCUCUGAGUAGCCAAUUUGUUAAAUUAUUGAGGUGAUUUUCACUGUAGUUUGAUCAGGAGAACUGAUAAAUACAAGGCAGAUGAUAGGUGUUUGUUUGGUUGUAAGAAUAUCACGGGUGUUUGUGUGGAUUGAUCUAGGGUAGAUUUCUGGUGCCAGUGCCACUAAUCAGGUCCAUAUUUAAUUUUUACUGGUUUUGAGUAUUACAUGCCUCAUCAGACAA